AUGAGUUCUAAACGAGCUGCAGUAAUGUUUGGUAACUUUAAUGUUACCAGCCAGGUGUUCUAUCAAAGCCAGAAGUCAUUUGGUCUGGUUAAUCUCAAACCCAUUCUUCCAGGCCAUGUUCUUGUGUGUCCCCUGCGGCGAGUAUCCCGUAUUUCAGGCUUGACAGGAGAAGAGGCUGCUGAUUUUUAUGCUACAGUUCAAAAGAUAUCACUUGCUAUUGAAAAGUAUUAUCACGCAGAUGGUCUCAACAUAUCCAUUCAAGACGGUCCGCUGGCAGGACAGUCAGUUCCUCAUGUACACUGUCAUAUUAUUCCUCGUAAAUUGGAUGACCUGCCGAAUAUCGAUGAUAUCUAUAGAUUAUUAGACAGCAAGCCAGGUGAUUUAGACCACGUGUUUAAUGUGAUUAGAGAGAACAGACGAACCGAGGCUUUGGGAGUAGACAGUGAGCAACGACCACCUAGAGAGAUGGAGGAUAUGGAAGCCGAAGCAAAGGCAUUAGCCGAUUUCCUUGCAACACAACAAGAGAGCUAG